AUGGACCAAAGUAAAGACAUAUUUGGAUUAAAUUCUAAAUGUGGAAAUGAUUUUCAUGAAGUUUUGCGAUUUCCAAACGAAAAGAGGGUAGUAGCUCGACGCCGUUGGGCUAUUUUGGCUAAAGCCUUAAAGAGUCCAACGGAAAGCCAACCAUCGAGUCCAACCAAUGAAUAUUCAGUACGUCGAAUCUCGUCCUUCAUGCUUUUGAAAACGCAGGAACUUACCUCAUUACCUCAAGUUCUAACCAAAGAAAACCAAAACAAUGACCAAAUCAAAAAAUACACAUGGUAUAAAUAUUCAAUAUGCAUAAACAAUAGCGAGUAUUUCGUGAACGUGGGCCACAGAAACAGAACCUUUUCCGCCGAAGAUCUGAUGGGAUUCAACAACACUGGCAACAUUUGCAUAUGGCCGUCGGAGGAGACGUUGGGAUACUUCGUUUGCUCAAACUUAGAAAUAUUUAGGGACAAAAAUGUGAUAGAAUUAGGCGGGGGGAUGUCCUGCUUGGCAGGCCUGUUCGCGGCUAGAUAUGGCAACGCCAAAAACGUUCUGGUGACGGAUGGUAAUAAGGUGUCCGUAGAAAACGUUCAAGUAACACUCAAAUGUAACGAUUUUACUGUUCCUGUUAAAUCUUGCAUCCUCGAAUGGUCCAACCACAGUCUAAGCGAACAGUACGACGUCGUCCUGUGCGCUGAUUGCCUAUUUUUCGACGACGCCAGGGCCGAUUUGAUUAAUUGCCUAUGGCGUUGCCUAUCUAGCGCCGGCGUGGCUUAUAUAAUGGCGCCUCAAAGAGGCAAUACAUUGGAUAUGUUUAUAAAACAGUCCGAGGAAAAAGGGUUUAGUUGUAAGAAACGUUUGAGGUACAAUGAUGUUGUUUGGGAAAAACGCUUAGCGCUAUUGGAUAAUUGUGAUUUCGAUGAUAAUAUUCAUUACCCUAUACUCAUAGAAGUGACCAAAUAUUAA